CUUUUAGAAGAGAACUAUGUGAUUUCAAUCAAGUUUCUCUCUGAAUCGUACUUGAAAGCUUGAAAUCAGUUGGAGGAGGAUAGAGGUUUAGAAUGAUUCCUGUUCUACAAGAGGUUCUCCUUAAACCUAUUCUCCUGGUUGAGGACGAAGAGAAGGAGUUAGGUCUAGCUAGUAUCCUGAGAAAAACUGGGUUCCACUACGUCUCUGUCUAUUCUACCCUUAAUCAGUCCUUAGAUGGAGAAGCAUGUAGUAAAUCUCAACUGCUGCAGAAUCUGGAGACAAGGGUUGGAGUAGUCGUCUUCCUUAGUUCAGAUAUUAGUAGUUACCAUGAUAUCAAUUCAUUCACGCAUUCUAGGAACAUUCCCUUCAUUCUAGUUGUUCUGAGAGAGAAUGGUUAUAUUGAAGUGAAGACUGAUUUUGGUAAGAGUAUCCAGUAUACCCCGGUUAACUGUGGUGUGUACACAGAGGCAGUACGUAAUGUACAUGUUGGAGCUGUGGGACAGGCAGAUACUUCACUUAUAGUGACAUGUGAUCGUACUCAUGGGUUAGAUACUGGAGAUGAAGUAGUCCUAGGAUUCUCUUCUAGAACUCAAAUUAUCUCCGGGGUUAUAUCAGACCUGGCAUUCUCCAUAUCAUCAUCCCAACCCUGCUCACAAGGUGAUGAAGUAAAACUAGUUCGACGAGUAUCCUGGCCUGUACAUUCACCUCAGCUAUCCUCGAUAGUCAAAACUUUUGAGUGUCCAACUAGCUCUCUCCUAAACCCUGAAGUACUGGGGUUCCUCUCCGACCAGGUUCUCCGGGUUCUAGUUUCUCCAGGCUGGGUGAAGAACCCUGCUCAGAUACGAAGUUGUCCAAUCAACCUAAACCAUCUAGAUGGGAAGAAGAUUUUUAUCUACGGUUGGAACCCUAUUAGCCGUGAAGUAGUGAAUCAGCUCAAAUCCGCCAAACUUGUCAACCUUGUUAUUGCCGGAGAGAAAGGAGGAGAGGAAGAACAUUAUCCUGGAUUUAUCAAGUUUAUAACUACCUCCAGUUUCCCUAAUCUAGUGGAGUUUGAUCUUGUUAUCUGCUGCUCGGGGGAUUUUAGCACUAGACGGAGUAUUGGAGACCAUUGUGUAUCUAUAUUGAAACCUCUAAUAAUGCUGGCUCAAGAUACAUUCAGAGGUCAACUAGAAACCUUUAUACCCCACCAAACUGUGUCCUACUCAUGCUUACUAGACCCACUAGAAGGAGAAACACCUCACUGUAUACUUAAGUCCUUCCCUCACCGAGCUGAGCAUGCAGUAAACUGGGCUCAAGAGAAAUUAGAGAGAAUAUUGGUGAGAAAACUAGAAGCUAGAAAUAUAUUUAUACAGGAGUAUAGGGGUAGAGAAGAUGAGCUGGAGAGAGCAUUGAAAUCUGGUGAGGUUCCUCCAGGUUCAAGAGAGACUCAGUUCUACCUGAACAGCUGUGGGUCAGGAGCUACUUGGAGCAGCUGUGUAGCUGCGGCUAGGAUUAAAUUCCAGAAAUAUUUUAACUUUAAAGCUCAGCAGCUAACAACUAGCUUCCCGCAGGAUGCUCAAUUGACAGAUGGUGGACUUUUCUGGUCCUGGCCAAAACUAAAACCGGUUCCUGUUAUAUUUGAUCCUGAUAAUCAAGUACACACAGAAUUUGUUCUUCUUCUUGCCAAGGGCUUUGCUGAAAUCUUAAAUGUUUCUGUUCCAGCAGAUACUAAUAUUCUUAGUAUAAUUAGUGAAUUGUCGGUUGCUAGUUUUGUUCCUAAGAACAAGAGAAUAGAAACAGACGAGUCCGUAAAGAAGAAUGAUGUGUCAGAGUCCUCUGGUGUAUUGACGGGAAGUUUAUCAAGUCUAGUCAAGUAUAUAUCGACUGCAACACCCUCUACUGGUCUGCAGGACAAGGAUAUUCUUCAACAACUUUUAGUGUGUACAACCUACCUACGGUGUGACAUGUACAAUAUCCCUCGACCUGACAGUACAGAAGUACAUGAGAUUUGUAAACUAGUUGAACCCUGCUUAUCUACAACCAGUCUUCAGCUUGCUGCUCAAACCAUUCAUCAAACAAGAAACAUAUUGGAGGAAGAAGUAGCUGAGAGUGUUUGGUGGUGCGGGGGAGAACGGAUUGUAUACACUACACCUCCUCCUAACCAGAAUAUUAUCUCUCCUACUCUUAGUACAACAAUCUGGGAUGUGUGGGAGGUGCGGGGCUGCCCUGGGUUCACCCUCUCCCAGUUCAUCAACACCAUGGAGAAUGAGUACAAGGUUAAGGUUAGUUUGAUGGUCCAGGAUACAAGAAUAGUUUAUCUACCAAUCAUGCCAAAUCACAAGAGCCGUCUGGAUAAACCCAUGGAUCAGCUGAUAAAAAAUCCUGGAAAUCUAGAUCACGUGUUCCUAUCUCUGAAUGCAGCUGUUGACCAGGCUGAAGAUGAUCUGACCCUACCCAGGGUUAAAUAUUAUCUAAAAGUAUAGAAACCGAGGAAUUCAGGGUUAAAUAAUUACACAACGAGUUCCUCGUAGGUUUUCAUAACAUUUAGGAUAAUUUUAGCAUCAUAUCUAACUUUAAUAUUUUGCUUAGUUAUUUAAUAUUACUUUCUGUACAUAUAUUAAAUUCUCUGUACAUCUGGAACUGAAGAUCUCAUGUACUGUACUGCUUUUAUAUCGAUGAAUCUGUUAUUGUUAUUAUUGUUAUUUGUUAUGUUAUUGAUGGAUCUAAACCCCACCCCUAAAAAAAUGCUCCCAUGGUGUGUGAAAAUUAUUAAAAAUGUUGCUAAAGAGUCUACGGUUAACGAACUAGUCUCGUAUAUUUAAUGUAGAAAAUAUUAGAAAAUAUAUUCAUUGUGAUUUCUCUUCCCUGUA